CGAGACUCAGACCGGCAGCAGCAGCAGCAGUUCCAUCUGAAUCCUACAGGGGAGAGGCAGUAUAAGGUGCGCGCCGAGCAUCAUAAUUUACCGCUCAAUAUUUACUGUAUAUAGGACAACGAGAACAUUCUUGACCAUUUCUUGAUCCAGAAAAAGCCCUGUCAAGUAACAAUGAGGCCAUAAAUAUCACCUCACUCCACAAGAUCUCAAUAAUAUUUCAUUUGAAGCACAUUAAAGAGAUUUAAGGUUGUUCAGGCACGCUCCUUGUCCUCAUCUAAAAAAAAAGAAGACAUUUCACCCCUUAGGAACGAUUGACUUAUCAAAUGCCCAGAAACAGCAGAUCCGUCAAGAGAGAGCUUGACGAUGAUGUCACUGAGUCUGCUAAAGAUCUUCUUUCCAACGAGGAUGCAUGUGACGAGCCAUUUCAGGAGAGCGCAGUGAGCGUGCUAAAGGCAGCCGGCUGUGAGGAGCGCCAUGUGGAGGAAGGUUCUGAUGAUCCCGAAGAGGAGGAAGACGAAGUCGAGGAGAGGCCUGCAUGGAGCAGCAAGCUCCAGUACAUCCUCGCGCAGGUGGGCUUCUCAGUGGGCCUUGGCAACGUCUGGAGAUUCCCAUAUAUGUGCCAGAAAAAUGGAGGUGGAGCCUACCUGGUGCCCUACCUCAUCCUGCUUGUGGUGAUUGGGAUCCCGCUGUUCUUCUUAGAGCUGGCUGUGGGGCAGCGCAUCCGUCGCGGCAGCAUCGGUGUCUGGAACUACAUCAGCCCUCGACUGGGUGGCAUCGGCUUUGCCAGCUGUGUGGUGUGCUAUUUUGUGGCCCUUUAUUACAAUGUCAUCAUCGGGUGGAGCCUGUUUUACUUCUCGCAGUCCUUUCAAUCACCUUUGCCCUGGCACGAGUGUCCACUGGUCAAAAACAAGACCACCGCCUAUGUGGUACCUGAGUGUGAGAAAAGCUCGGCCACUACUUACUACUGGUACCGUGAGGCUCUGGAUAUAUCUGACUCCAUCAAUGAGAGCGGAGGACUUAACUGGAAGAUGACAUUGUGCCUGCUGGCUGCGUGGUCCAUGGUGUGUCUGGCCAUGAUCAAAGGCAUUCAGUCUUCAGGGAAGGUGAUGUACUUCAGCUCCCUCUUCCCCUAUGUGGUGCUGAUUUGUUUCCUGGUGAGAGCCCUGCUACUGAAAGGUUCUGUGCUCGGCAUCAUCCACAUGUUCACGCCUAAGUUGGAAAUCAUGCUGGAGCCUCAAGUGUGGCGAGAAGCUGCUACACAGGUGUUCUUCGCUCUCGGCCUGGGUUUCGGUGGCGUCAUUGCCUUCUCCAGUUACAACAAGCGCAACAACAACUGCCACUUUGAUGCCGUUCUCGUCUCCUUCAUCAACUUCUUCACGUCUGUGCUGGCCACACUGGUGGUGUUCGCAGUGCUCGGCUUUAAAGCUAGCAUCAUGAAUAACAAGUGUGUUGAAAUAAACACUAAAAAGAUUGUCGGAUACCUGGGCAACGAGUUAAGUGCUAACUUAAUACCGCAUCACAUCAACUUAAGUUACGUGAGCGCCGAAGACUACCAGCAGAUGACCAGCAUCAUCCGUGGCAUCCUGGAGGACGAUUACCCUCGCCUGGGCCUGGACAACUGUGAUAUCAAUGAGGAGCUCAACAAGGCGGUGCAGGGCACAGGUCUCGCCUUCAUUGCCUUCACCGAAGCCAUGACCCACUUUCCUGCUUCUCCCUUCUGGUCAGUCAUGUUCUUCCUCAUGUUGGUGAACCUGGGGUUGGGCAGCAUGUUUGGCACAAUCGAGGGGAUCAUCACACCACUGGUGGACACUUUUAAAGUGCGAAAGGAAUACCUGACAGUCGGCUGCUGUUUGCUGGCGUUCUGUUUUGGUUUAAUCUUUGUCCAGCGAUCAGGCAACUACUUUGUGUCCAUGUUUGAUGACUACUCUGCCACGCUGCCCCUGCUCAUCGUAGUCUUCCUGGAGAACAUGGCUGUAGCCUGGGUCUAUGGCACUGAAAAGUUUUUUGAGGAUCUGAAGGACAUGUUGGGCUUCACUCCAUUCCGUUUUUAUUACUAUAUGUGGAAGUAUGUUACUCCUCUGCUGCUCCUUGCCCUGCUGAUUGCUAGUGCCAUCCAGCUGGGUAUGAGCCCUCCUACCUACAGAGCCUGGAUCCAGGAGCUGGCUCAGGACCAAGCCCUCAGCUAUCCUCCAUGGGGCCUGGCUGUCUGCAUCACAUUAGUGAUUGCUGCGUUUUUGCCUGUCCCUGUGGUGUUGGUGUUGAGAUGUUGCAACUUAAUUGACAGGAAGGACAACAGUGCAUCAUCAUCCACCUCUUACAAAAAGGGACGGAUCAUUAAAGAGAGUGUUCACAGAACAAGGCAAGAGGACGACGGAGAUGACGCCAGUCUCCUUAAAGGAAAAGCACCAAGCGAGGCUCCUUCACCAAUGUCACCUAGUAAUACAUACCGUAAACAGAGCAACACAACAGGUCAGGCAGAGACCGCCGCCAAUGGCCACUUCAGCAUCGGGUAUCUCAUGGCUGACAUGCCAGAUAUGCCAGAGUCUGAUUUAUGAAGACUCAAGGUUAAGGCUUACAUGAAUAAAUGUUUAAUUGCCAUUUUAAAGCAUCUGCACAUCACUAACAUUUCAUCUUCUGCUACACCUUUUAAUUUAAUUCCACUACCCAUCUUUAAUUUUGUCAUUUAAAAAAAAAAAAAAAGGAAUUUCAUCUAUAGAAAUAAUAGACAUACACAGAGCCCUCCACACUGCACUCCAUUUCUUUUCCUGUCUCCUCUCUGAUCACAUGAGAUAACCUCUGGGUUUUAUUCUGUAAAUACUUUGAUGCCUGAAGUAAGGACAGUAACUGUCCAUCACAAGAUUAGAAACAGCUUAGCAGCUUCAGAAGCACUUAGAAUGUACUAUAAGCUUAAAAUGUGAAAUAAAACAUGCAAUAUUAAAUUUAUUUGGUAAAAUUGUUAUAAUGUCCACCAUAUGAACGACAAACCUAAAAUGUUUGUUCAAAUAAUGUGUGCCUAAUAAUUUGUUUAUAAAUUGCGGCUGUUGUAAAUUUAAAGUUAUCUGUAAAUAAAUAAUAUUUAUCUCAUCAUAGUUUGGAUAUCAAAACCUGUUUUUGGUAAAAAUGCCCAAAACCCUAAACGUUAUCUCAAUGUUCAUGUAAUGUCAUUAUAUGGCUAUUUGAUUAAAUAACCAUAGAGUGACUGUAAAUAGUAUUUCCUUUACAAAGCUUUGACCAUUUUUUCCAACAUUACAAUAAAAAUAAGAAAACAUCAAAA